GUGAAGCUAGCGCCGAGCGCUGCUGCAGUUGCUGGGGUCCGGGCAUCGCCCCACCGGCUCACAGGGAAGAGCAUCAGCGGAGGACAAACUGGGGAAAGGGAUUGCGGCAGAAAGCCGGAGGCGGACCUAGAUCCUUGAGUGACUGCGGCUUCUAGUGGGCAGACCUGGUUUUUAGAGCUGACUGAAAGGACGCGGGGAGAGAGAGAGAGAGGAACGGGAAACAGUGCCUGAAAUUCGCUUGAGCAGUGCUUCUAAGAUGCUGUAAUGUGCUGACUGGCCACUAUGGGCAGACGAUACCCAGGGGCAUAUCACCGUCCAAAUAGCAUAUGUUUAUGACUUGGAAUUUGGAAGGGGUUUGGAGCAUUGAAUAAUUAUAAACAUUUCAUAUAACCUAUACUCCAGUAUCCUCAUUGUUGAAGCCCUGUGAUCCUUGUCAGAAGUGCUCCCAGGUCAAACUGACUCCACUGUGGACACUAUGUCAGUGUUCCUUGCAACCAGCAACAGCCAAACAGAUGUAGUGAAUCGCAAUAGUUCAGCUACGCCACCAAACACACUUAACCUUCGUUCCUCUCACAACAAAUUAGUAAACUCAGAAAUAAAGAACACAGAAAUCAAGAACAACACUCCUCCAAAGUGCAGGAAGAAAUAUGCCUUGACUAAUAUCCAGGCUGCAAUGGGCCUGGGAGAGACAACAGCAUCGCCAGUUAUAGUAAAUAACGCCAAUUCGAAACUGGCAAAGAACGGAGAAAAUCAGCUGCGAAAAGCAGCAGAACAGGGCCAACAGGUCAUGAAUAAAAACAUCAGUGCAAAUGUUGUCAAAAAUAUAAUCUCAGAAAAAUUGGAGGGCAAGGAGCCAAGCUUGCAAGACACGUCUUGCACUGAGCCUUUGACAUUACAACCAAGGAAGAGUAAGAGCUUUCUGAAUUACUAUGCAGACCUGGAGUCAUCCACUCGUGAAUCAGCGCAAAAUUAUAGCAACAAUCUUAUUGAUAGUGAGGAAAAUGCUGACCUGUCCCAUGAUAAAACUGCAGUGAAUGAUGAGCCAGCCAGCGAUGAGAGUGUGUCUGCUAGUCCUGAAGAUUGCCAGAUGGCCACAAUUUCCUCCAGCCCUGAAAUAAAAAAAGAUCCACCCAGAUUGGGAGGGAAAACUGACUGUGCAUUAAGUAAAAUGCAGAACAUUGCUCCCAGUGAUGAAGAUUCAAGCUGGACCACCCUAUCACAGGACAGUGCUUCACCAAGUUCACCUGAAGAAACAGCAGACAUAUGGAGUGAUCAAUCAUUUCAGACUGACCCUGAUCUCCCACCAGGAUGGAAGAAGAUCAAUGACGUUGCUGGCAUCUAUUAUUGGCACAUACCAACAGGCACUACACAAUGGGAGCGGCCAGUAUCUACAUCAGCAGAGGCCUCAGACACACGUAAAGGGUCAUUGAGCUCCAUUACCCCUUCACCCACUCCAGAAAAUGAGAAACCAUGGACUGAUUUUGCUGUGCUGAAUGGUGGAAAGAUUAAUAGUGACAUUUGGAAGGAUCUCCAUGCUGCCACUGUGAAUCCAGAUCCAAGUCUGAAAGAGUUUGAGGGAGCAACUCUGCGCUAUGCUUCUCUAAAACUGAGAACAGUACCACAGUCGGAGGAAGAUGGUUCCUGUACUAUCAACAGUGACCCAGAGGCAAAGUGUUUCGCUGUCCGUUCUCUGGGCUGGGUCGAAAUGGCAGAGGAAGACCUGGCACCUGGCAAGAGCAGUGUUGCUGUGAAUAACUGCAUCCGGCAGCUCUCUUACUGUAAAAAUGACAUCAGGGACACUGUUGGGAUUUGGGGAGAGGGCAAAGACAUGUACCUCAUCCUGGAAAAUAACAUGUUGAACCUAAUCGACCCCAUGGAUCAUACCGUUCUUCAUUCUCAACCAAUUGUCAGCAUUCGUGUGUGGGGUGUGGGCCGUGACAAUGGGCGGGAUUUUGCCUAUGUAGCAAGAGAUAAAGAUACACGAAUCCUAAAAUGUCAUGUGUUUCGAUGUGAUACACCAGCAAAAGCCAUCGCAACCAGCCUUCACGAAAUCUGCUCCAAGAUUAUGGCAGAACGGAGGAAUGCCAAAGCUGUGGCUUGCAGCAUCUCUCAGGAGCGAGUCAAUGUGAACCUUGAUGUUCCUCUACAAGUAGAUUUCCCAACACCAAAGACGGAACUGGUACAGAAGUUUCACGUUCAGUACCUUGGUGUGUUGCCCGUGGCCAAACCAUUAGGUAUAGAAAUACUCAAUGGAGCAAUUGAGAGCUUACUGACCACGACUAACAAAGAAGACUGGAUAUCUGUUAUUAUGAAUGUUGCUGAUGCCACUGUUACAGUGAUAAGGCAGAAGGAUGAAGAUGAGGUUUUGUUGGAGUGUCGUGUUCGUUUCCUAUCAUUUAUAGGAGUGGGGAAAGACAUCCAUACCUUUGCCUUUAUAAUGGACACAGGAAAUCAGCGUUUUGAGUGUCACGUCUUCUGGUGUGAACCAAAUGCAGGAAAUGUAUCUGAGGCUGUGCAGGCUGCAUGUAUGCUUCGGUACCAGAAGUGUUUAGUUGCCAGACCGCCGCCUCCAAGGAUGUGCUCUUCUGGUCCUCCAACAGACUCUGUGACGAGGCGUGUCACAACCAGUGUAAAACGUGGAGUUUUGUCUCUCAUUGACACUUUGAAACAAAAGCGACCAGUAUCUGAAUCACCAUGAAGAGGAUCUGGAAAGAUCCCUUUAGACACUAGUCUAGGAAUAAUGGAGAUAAAACAACAUGAUCCAUGCAGACGUUGAGCCUUCAAGUUAUAUAUGCUGAUCCUCUUGUCUUCAACAUAUAUUGUUUAUUGUCAAAUUUAAUGUAAGACGAGCAUGUUGUCUCAUUCCUCAUCAUGACAUGUUGGGAGGCGCAUGAAUAACUUUCUGCUAUCAACGUUUGAAUUCACUGAUGGAAGGUGUUUGGAAUUUCUAUAAGCCCUGGACUAAAUGGUUCCCACGCAGUUUGUCUCACUGUCCAUUCGGGCUGAAAUUCUCACAACCAACCUUACACCAGAAGUAUUUACUAGUGCACUUAUUCUGUCACUAAUGCUGGUGUAACAUAGUGGUGUUUAGACUAUAAUAGAACUGUUUCCUUUCAGUCAGUAGUAUCCUUUUGGCCAUUGCAAUUGUGUGAUCAUGUGUACCCGACUUAUAAGGUGAUCAAGAGUGAUCCCCUGUUGCUCCUGCUGUUUGCUGUCUGUGAAGGAAGUACUAAUUAAAACAACUUAAACUAAUGUUGAAACAUAGAGAUGUGCAGCUCACCAGUUUUGUCAGCUUUCAUAAGCUCAUUUCAUAAUCAUUGUCCUAGCCACAAGAUGUACAUUUGCCCUGUAACAUAGAACAAUAAUUAGCCAUAAAGUCAUAAAUGUACUAAGUCCGAAGAAUAUUUUUUUAGAAAACAAAAGUUUUAAUUGAUCUUUAGUUACUGUAUCAGCUUUUAAUCAUUUAAGUCUUUACAUUUUUAAUAAUCAGAAGUCAUGUGUAGUAUAUAUUCUUUCUUGCUUGGACCAUUCAUUGAUGAAAUUUGCAUUAUUGCUUGAUGCAGCGCCAUUUGGAAAUAUGCCAAGAAUACCUGGGAGUAUUUCAUCCCAUCAUGCAGUGCACUGUUGGCUAUUUGUGUUAAAUAUCAAGUUUGAUUUUGCUUAGCUGCACUGUAUAAUCAAGAUGCCAGUAGUUUUCUCCUGAUUUGAAAUAGAGGGAAUGUGAAGGGGCAGGGGUGACAGAAGAGACCAGAUACAAGAUACCAUAAUAGAAUUAUGAAUUAAUAAACUCCUUUUUAAAUCAUUCAGUUCACAAAAUAGGGGAAGUUAGAAUGCCCAUAUUUCAAUUGUUCUAGUGAGCAACCUGUCAAAACUGCUAGAUUUUUUUUAAAAGUUCAACAUAAACAUUUGAUUUUUUUGUUUACCAAAGUAAAUUGAGUUAAAUUUCUCUUUCCAUUUUUACUUCAGAUGUAGGAGAUGGAUUUAAGUUGAAGAUUGAAAGUAAUUGAAUCAGAGAAUUACAGGUAAAAACCAAGAGGGAAGUCAUUAGUUUCUACCGUAAUUCAGCUAAUGAACUGGAAGUAUGAGAUGGAUCAGAGCAGAUCUCAACUGAGCUGAAAACUGCAAACAAUAUUGCAUCCUGUUUAUGGGUAUUAUUGCUAAUGUGGAAAUAAGUGGCGGCAGCAACAGUGGGGGGCCAAAGAUUCCUUAUAAGUGGGACUGUGAACACGUACACAAUUAGUAAGUGACCGGGAGAAUAAACCCAAAAAGCUAACAUACGGAUUUCACUUUACAAUUAUUUACCCCUCAGAAUGGUGGCAGGUAUUGGUAAUGCUUUUCAAUUAGCAGUGCUUUUCAAGAAAUCCCAGUCUCACUUCCUUUUUUAACUGUGCAUCAAAAGAUUUUGCCUGGCUUCAAAUCAAUUAACCCUAAUGUUUGCUUUCUCAAAUUUCAUGAUGCAUCUGAACACAAUGUAAAUAUUUCACUCAUCUCCAGCAGUAGUUAAGCAAAAUCCAAUUGUGAACUCCCAUUUAAAAUUCUACUUGCAUUUUAUUGUUGGAAGGAGUUGUCACAGAUACAGUUAUAAUUGCUUUAAUUAAAAGGUUUGCAAGCUGCAGAUAUUUAAAUGGAAGCUGCAGGUUAUUUGCAUAUAGAGGAAAGUUGUGUCAGAGGUCACAAAAAUUUGUGAAGUGCUUUUAUGAAAUAUUUAAGACAGAUUCACAUUGCAGCAAAGUCAAAUCUGUUUAAAAAAAUUGCAGGUUGGAUUUGACCAAAUGGUAUGUCUUUGGAGGAUUUUUUUUGUCAAUUUGGUAAAACACCCAUUACCUAAGCCAGUUUUUUCUUUCUUUUUUGUUGCUAUAAAAUACAAGACUUGUAGAAGAAUAUCAGUACUUAUUUUUAUUUUUUUAACAAGUAGACAAGCUGGUUGUAACUAGAUUACAAACAUUAUCUAUGCAUCCAUUACAAGCAGUGGCUUUCUAGACAAAUUGCUGCAUCACUGCUUUGCAUGCCAUAUAGCUAUUUUAAGCAAGAUAGCAAGUGAACUUUUAAAAAUGAAAUCAUAUUAAUGAAAAUAUUUUUUAUUUUAUUUAUUGUAUUUUAUAUUGAAAUAUGUCUCAUAAUUAAGUUCUAUUAUGUUCUACUGUCAGUUCUUACAUUGUAGCUAGCAUUAAUUAAUCUCUAAAUACUAUAGACUGACAUAAGAAUUUUUUAGUUUUUCUUAUUCUGUCAUUACAAUGAGCCAAAGUACGGUUGUGACACAGGAACAAAACCAGUUUAAAGCUGAUUUUGUUUAUGAUAAUUGUAGGUAUUGAAGUAAGUAUCAGGAGUCUACCAGAUUGUCUGUCAUUCAUAUAUAUCCCUUUGUGCUUCCCAACAAUACCCCCUUUUACCUGUUGGUUUAAAUAUCUGCAGAAAUUAUCAACUGGUUACAGUCUGCUGCUUUGGGGGUGUUAUUAAGCAGGAGCCCUGUAGUUUCAAAAAUAAUUUCAGCUAUCAGUGUGUACAGUAACUGAUGUUCACUAUUCUGGUAUUUGUGCCUGUUACACCACAUGUAACCUUUCUCAUUGAAACCGGGUACAUAAUGUGGAAUGUAGUCAUGGAUUUUGUGGUUAUCCCUUUUUAAGAUCUUGUGUAGGAGGUAACAGCUUCUAUUUAUCUGACUUGCCCUUUGCUUUUCAAAACCUUGCUCACAAGAGGCAAAUUAAUAUAAACAAUAUAAGGGUGAUUCAAUUAUCCCUCACUUCUAACCAGAAGCACUGCAUUUCAGUGACUAUGGGGCAGAGAGUCUUGUGUCCGGCCUUCUCUCCCUAGAAGCAUGUCUUGCUGCUGUUGAGUGCAGGAUGGCAGAUUCAGCCCUUAUGUUCCAAAGAUAUGAUUGACAUAAAACAAGACAUUCUUAAAUUGCUUCAAAAGAUUUUGAAAUACAAUUUUUUAUACUUAGUUUAAUAUAUGGCACUUAUAGAUGUUAUCUGACAUUUACCAGUGUCCAUUGGUGAUGAUCAGUCUUGGAUCACGGAGUUCAUUGUAUCUUUGCAAUCGCAUUGUGGUCUGUAGCAGCAACAGUCUUAAAAUUACAGAGGCUGCUAUCCUACCCGAGUCCGGUAUUCUUAGAGCAGACGUUUGCUGUGCAUACAAGCAGAGACAUUUUGGACUAUAGCUGCUUGGAGUUCUCACUUUAUGUUGCACCUAAAAGGAGCACUGAUGGUGUGGCCAUAAUGAAUAAGUGCAUUUCAUUGGCAGAAUGGGAUGUCCUAACAAUUUGCAGAUCGUCAUAUGGCCUGCUGUUACAGACAAAGUGCAGUGAGAACCCAUUGACUUGACUUGGUUCCCAAGUCCUAUGUAUAAUGCAGUGUUGGUGCACAGUACAGUGGACAGAGCAAGUGCAACAUAUGUUUUUCCCUCCCUCCAUUUGGAGCUCCUUGUUAAAGCGACUGGCAUUCUACAUUCCAACAGUUAUUACUUGGUUGAUAUGACUUUGUUGAAACUGCAGAUUUAGCUAUGAUAUCAACAGCCCUCUAACCUGUUUCGUCAUUUUAAAUUAAGUAUGUUACAUUGCUAAAAGCCUGAGCUGUGCAGCUCAGCAGCCAGCGAGGCCUCUGAUAUUUUAUCUUUUAUUUUAAUCCUCAUAACUAUGUACACUUAUUGGUAUGGAAAACGAUCUAUGUUAGAGCUGUAUAGUGGGCUAUUAAGCAGCUGAUUACAGUACAGUAGCUGUUCUCUUCUGCUUCCCACUGAUUUUACACCUGUAAAUGUAAUCCAUUGUGAGAAUAAACUGCAUAAACAUUA